GCUCUCGCAACCGAAAUUCCUCCUAGCUACUCUCUCUCAGGCGUCUGUUUGAAACCAAUUAAAAUGCCCAAAGUUAAGUGGAAGGAAUGUUCUUUGCAAUGUAUUGUUAUGCUCUCGUAGUCCUUUCAUUUCUACAUAUUGUAGCUUGUCAGGAAACUCUCUUUGGAGUGGUAAGUCUGAGUCUGUCACCAUUCACGAGUGUAUCUGUCAACCAAGAUGGUGGAUAUGUCAAUGUCAGUCUCCUACUCUAUGACAGCGCUACCAACACACCUAGUAUCAACAGCUCUGUCUUUAUUGAUGAAGAUGUGGUUGUCAGGUGCAGUGUAAUCACCCCUUAUGAGAAUGGCGAUUCCAGGGUGAUGUUCACGGAGAGUGUCAUUCCAUCAUUUGCAGAGUCAGGCUCAAUUGAUUUCAGCAUCGUUGAUCAAGGUCGAACAGUUGAGGUGCAGUGUAGCGGUGAGACGUCACCUGAUAAUACUGGUACAACAUCAUACUUCAGCUUUGAUACCUCGGCAGGACCUACUGGAUUUUUAGUGGUGAAGAAGAGUCCUGUGGUCAGUUUUUGUGAGUCCAUAAUCUUGGUUCCGAUUUCAAGUGGGAUAACAUCAUCAACAGUGCAAGUUGAAUUGAGUGAACCUGUGAUAGACUAUCGGGUGACUGUGUCAUGUAAUAUCAUAGGAGUCAUUGACGCAAAUGGAAGUAGUAUUGACAGUGCAAACAAUUCCCUAGUGCUUGACUUUCAAGAUGCAACUGUUGAGCCAGGUAGCAGGACUGAUAUCAUAAUUCGAUACAACAUACAGAGACGUGGAGACAUCGUUCAGGUAGCUUGUUCCGCAGCGUCUGAAGAAGGCACUCAGUAUCUACAAGACACAUCUCAAGGAGAGGCAGCAAUCUUUCAGCAAGAGACCAGCUCUGUCACCCUUGUCCCCUCCGUCUCCUCAAUCGAUGAUCCCCGCAUCACCGUGUUCCUGGUCCUGGGCGCAGUCCUGACCCCCGGAGAAGGCAUCAUCACCUAUGCUUGCUAUGUGGAUCCUGUCAUGUCCUAUGAGCAGGGGCUUGAGCUCGCUGCUAAUCCUACGUGCGAGACACCAGAUGAUGUCUUCCAACGACCUACCCCGGCUCCAGUUGUGACGACUGUAACUGCAGCUAUGACAGCAACCACAGACAACAGCACUGCAAAUGUGACCACACCCACUACACCAGCUGUCCAGACCACCCCUUCCACUGCCGCCCCUACCACACCCACCCCGGCCCCUGCUACCAGCACCCCGGCACCAACCAGGAGGACUAAUGAGACCACGACGCCUUGGCGAUUGGAAAAAUCAGAGGUAGCAUUUCAGGAAGGAGAUAUCUUCAAAGAGCUUACUUUGAACCUUGAAUCUUCCACACCUACAUUCAACGGAGCCAUACUGGUGUCGUGCUGCGCCCCUCAAGACAUUAACUCCAAUGCUAAGUAUAUCAACACCUCCACUGCUAUGGUCUUCUUUGCAAAUGUUCAGGAGCCCAGAGCUGUUAACUUUACAACAGGAACAGACCAAGCCGAUCGUUUCUCAGAGACUGCAUUCCCCAACCCAGCCUAUGUUGACCUUUCACCUUGCCCUUGUGAUCUGACCUCGGGUCACUGUGAUGGCGACUGCUGUUGUGAUCAGGACUGCAACGAAGCAGACAUUUUGGUAUUCACUUGCUAUGAGGAAAUAGAAGAAUAUCCGGUUACUAUCUAUGAUUGCAAUAGCACCGAUCUGUACAGAGAAGACUGGUCACCUCUUCUUUGUGUCCAAACAUCCAAUUCCCCAUACCUGGGACUGUAUCACAGCACUGUCACAGCCAUCCGAGAUAUUGCAACAUUCAAUGCUGCUAAGGCAAGCAGUUUGAAUAGCCGGGACACUAGCUAUCAGGAUUCUGGCCUUCGGUCUUUGGAAUACCAAAGCGUUGAUAACUCCAAGUACAACAAUGGGGAUCCAGUAGAGCUCCUGUACAAUGAGGAGGUGAGAGGAUUCCUUGCACUGCCGCAGAUGACACUGGAUGGAGAAUGCCUGUGGACAUCCCCUGUGAAGUUUCAAGAGGAUUUGACAACGCGCUGCACCUUGAUGCCCGAUCAGAGGCUUUGUCAGCAGUUCUCGCCAUUUAGUGCCCUAAUGUUUCUGCGGUCAUCCACAGAAUCUUACCCUCCCUGCCCCAAGGAACCCAAGGUAGCUGGUCGCUUUGGUCAAGCAACAGAGGCACCAGCAGAUAUAGAGUACUAUUGCCUUGAGGAUAUCUCGGACUACCUUUCAGAACAGUCUGUUGAUCAGAAUCUGUUUGAUCUCUAUGAGAGCUCUUUGUUUGCAGAGCAUCAGAAUGAUACUAGUGAAGCGAAGAUCCCAAAGCGGUGUUUGUGGGAUGAUGGUUAUACCCAACCACCAGUUCCAUCCUACAAUAAUGAUACAAAACUCUGCUCUAAUUCAGUGGUCAGCGCAAGCUACGAGAUGUUCUGGCGUGGAGGAGAGAUUGUGCGCAUUGAAGGUCAGGUGAUUCUUGGAACUGUGCCACUUAUUCAAGAUCUCUCAAUUGGUAUAGAAGAAGAAGAGGAGUUUGUCUCCCCACCCCCAUCAACAAUUCAACCAACUGAAGAACCUCUGUUGACUUCUAUUAUGGGAACCGAAGAGCUGAACAGUGUCACUAUCAUCACCGAUGUUACUGAAGUCUUUGAAACUGCCAUAACUGAGCUGACAGAUGGAACAGACAAUAUGACCAUUUUUAUGUUAGAGGAAGAGGAUAACGUGACAACGGCUCAACCGAGCACAAUCACAACUCCUCCAGCUAUGACAUUACAGGUAACAACUUCAUCUACAACGCAACCUGCUUUGACACCACCUACAACGCCAUCUGUAACCACCCCGCAGUCGGUCACCACACCUGGGGCAGUCACCACACCAGUCAUCUCAGUUACUCCUUCAAACGUAACAGACAACACCACUAUGGGUGUUGACAAUGUCAAUGUAACUACGGAUAUGACCACCGAGGUACCUGGCACUACGCCUUUACCUCCUGACCCAGUCAAUACCAUGCCUCUCAACAUCACUCUAAGAUUCUCAACCACAUUCACCUAUCUUCCAGAGACUCUUGUCGACCCCCUAACAGGCCAGAAUGUAGAACCCCCAGAAGCUUUUGAGAGAUCAGGAAACCCUGGGUACAUCAUUGGUAAACCUCUACUGACUGGGGUGAUGUUGCAGACUCCUCUAGUCUUACCAACUGAUCCAGGACCGCCAGUCAAUUGCACAGAGUUUCCCACAAACCCAAGCUGUAUUGAGGUACCUGAGAAUGAAACUGUAUAUGUCUUUGACAGUGUGGAUACAUCGCCUUCCAACCAACUGCAAGUUUUUACUCCAGGUGAUGGAAGCCUUUGUGCCCUUUCCUCCACAUCAACCUUGACCUUUGGGGAGGACCUGGUGUCCGGGUGCAUCCUUCGAAUGGGCCAGUCAGAGCUCCAGAACUGUUCCAUCUUGGCAGCGUACAUGGAGGAACAACUGAGGGCACUGGUGCCAGCAGAUCGGAUCGGAAAGAGAGGAAACUCUAGCGUUCUGGUGGAGGAUGAUUGGGCUGAAAUUUUCAACCCCGAUGAUCAUCCGUUCGACCCACCAACCACCGUGCCACCAACUACAGAGGCACCCCUUGAGACCACACCCGACCCCCUUACCACACGCUUCCCUGGACAGCGUUACGUUGAUCCAGAACCCCCUAUCGAUGCAUUGGAACAACUCACGAGCAGGUGCAGUGGUAUACCUACCAGUAUGAACUUGGAAGUGCUCAUUGCGGAGGCAGGGGUGUACAGUGGAGUGCCACAGUAUGAGGUGCUGGCAGCCAGAGUUCAGUACAGUACUUCAACAGUGACCUUGACCUGUUCAGGGUCACUUGGUGCGAGUUGCAUCCUUGAAGGUAGACCUGUUGUAUCCGAUCCUGCAGGAAACGGCACAAUCGUCCAGUCGUUCCCAGUCUACAGCACAGUCACGUAUACAACUGUCCCUGCUUUAGAGCCAGAACCUGUUAUUUUAUACUACAAGGAUUAUGACCCUGAUCUGUGCAAGCAGGAUGGAUGUUUGGCAGAGCUCUUCUAUCCCCUCACAGAAGGGUUUGAUGGGGAUACCUACCAGUACUCCAUCGCAGUAUCCUUGGUGCUUGUUAUCAUUACCACGGCUUAUUUCAUCGUCACAUCACCGUGGGCACACUUAUGAUGAGGACCUAUAGGCCGGUAAAUGGCCAAUUCUUCUAUUGCCAACUCGUCCACUCAUCACAUGGUCUACCUUCAUUUAGUCUAAUGCCAUUCUGUCCAUCAACAUUUCGUC